GUUAGUCAUCCAGUUUGUUGAACACAUUCCACACCAGAAGCGUUGAACGUUAAGAACUGCGUGACGGAUAUUCGUCUCGUGCUUAAACAUGGAUAUGGAAUUUGCCAACUCAAGUAACUACACAUACGAUUAUGAUUACGACAGUAUUAUACAGACAACAACAUACACGACGGAAAUUGUGGUGAACAGCGUUCUACUAUACAUUGGAGUCUGUACCAACAUAUGGAUGAUCUGGUCUCUCUACAAAUCAUGGAAGACAGGCAGCAGGAUGCAUUUCUAUCUCCUUGCCAUUUGUGUUGCUGACGUGCUGGGUUUGUGCAUCCGAUGCGGUGGCAACAUCGGGAUGUUUGCGACCGUUGUAUGGAGGGGUGGAUAUUACGGAUGUAAAAUAUUUUCAGGUCUUCAGAUGUUUGGAGCUACUAUGUCCCACCUCGUCCUAGCUGGAUUCAAUAUCGAUAAUCUUUUCACCAUCGCCUGCAGUCGCAUCAUCAAGGCGUUGCGUAUCGUCUUCCUACUGUUAUCCUUUGUAACUGCCUUCAUUAUGAGUGGCGUUAAGUUCUACUUCUACCAGCUGAAAGCCAUGGGACAUAGUAACGAGGCAUAUGAUUGUGAUUUGGAUUCAGUAGUGAUCUAUGUGGUACUACCAUUGGUGGACAUGGUGAUCUAUUUCUUACUCCCAUUACUAAUGAUGUUACUUUUGGGCUACCAUCUUUGUUUGUAUGGUGCUGUAAAAAGGUAA